AUGACCACCAUCCGCUACGCCACCGAAGCCGACGCGCCCGCAAUCGCAGAGCUAAACAUCAUCUGUUUCCAAGAUGGCCCCAUGUACCGCAACAUGUUCCCAAACAUCGACCCUCUAUCCGCCACGCCCAUGAAAAUCUCCCGCACCUACGACAAGCUCUCCAACCCCAAGAUGCACCUACUAGUCGCUACAGACUCCACCUCGAAUCAAAUCCUGGGAUGCUCACGCUGGCUUAUGCCCGACACCAGUCCUAUAUGGCGGAGCGAGAGUGAAAUGGCGGUCCUGUCCGACGAAGCAAGGGCCAAGGCGGCGCAGAUGGCGCAGCUGCGGCCGGCAGGGAUGAAUGUAGCGGUCUACGAUGGAGUGAUGAAGGCGCUGGAGGAGAUGAGGCGGAAGUACGUCAGGGAGGGUGACAUCGUUCUGGAACUUCUGGUGACGCAUCCGCAGCAUCAGGGCAAAGGGGUGGGAAAGGCGUUGCUGGACUGGGGAGUGCGGAUGGCAGACCAGAAAAAUGCACGGAUUUACCUGGAGGCCUCGCCGGAGGGGUAUCCGCUGUAUAGAAAGUAUGGAUGGCGGGAUGUGGAGGAUAUUGUGAUUGAUUACUCGGUGUAUGGUGGGGAGGGAGACGCCAGAUAUGUAGUUAUGAUUCGGGAGCCGGCUCGCAAUUGA